AUGGAGGAAGGGGAAAGGGACAACAGGACAUCAUCCACGGAUUUUGUGCUGCUGGGAAUAAGUGAUGUCCCCGCCCACCAGAACCUGCUCUUUCUCCUCUUGCUUAUGAUCUACUCAGUCACCAUAGUCGGGAACAUCCUCAUCGUUGUGCUGGUGGUGGCGGACCGGCAGCUGCACACCCCCAUGUACUUCUUCCUGGGCAAUCUCUCCUCCUUGGAGACCUGCUACAGCUCCACCAUCCUGCCUCGGCUGCUGAUCAGCUUCUUGACAGGGGACAGCACCAUCUCUGUGCACGGCUGCAUGGCUCAGCUCUACUUCUUUGGUUCCUUUGUGACUACUGAGUGUUACCUGCUGGCAGCCAUGUCAUGUGACCGGUACCUGGCCAUAUGCCAGCCCUUGCUCUACACAAGCCUUAUGACCUGGAAGGUCUCUAUACAUCUGGCAGCCACCUCUUGGCUAUGGGGUUCCCUGCUGGUGGUGGUAGUCACGUUCUUGUUAUCCCAGUUGCAGUUCUGUGGCCCCAAGGCCAUUGACCACUUCUUCUGUGACUUUACCCCAUUGCUGGAGCUUGCCUGCAGUGACACCAGAGUAUUCACAUUGUUUUCUUUCAUAUUUGGUAUCUUGGAUAUAAUUUUUCCCUUCCUUUUCACACUGGCCUCCUAUGUGUGCAUCAUAGCUGCCAUCCUGAGGAUCCCAUCCAGUGCAGGCAGACAAAAGGCCUUCUCCACUUGCUCCUCUCACCUCACUCUUGUCACCAUUUUCUAUGGCACCCUUUUUGUUGUCUACACACUGCCUAGAAGAGCCCCUCUGAGGCAGCUCAACAAACUGUUCUCGUUCUUCUACACCAUCCUCACUCCCCUGGUCAAUCCCCUCAUCUACAGCCUGCGGAACAGGGAGGUCAGGGAGGCCCUCAGGAAAAUGCUCAGAAAAGCCCUGGUUUGCACCCAGAGCUCAUGCUCCUUUGGAGAUAGAGGCAAAAGACACCUCUAG